AUGACAAGAAACUAUUUGGUGCACAUCCUUUUCUGUCUUUUCCUCUUCAAUAAUGUUCAUGACGCUGCCAGUACAAGAAAAUUGAUGCUUGGGAGUGAUGUGAUUACUCAUGAAAUGGUAAAUAAACUUCCAGACUACUCAAACUUUAAAAACGAAGUUCACCUUUUAGAGCUCAUGGUUGGAGGUUAUGGGGGAGUAUCGGCUGGCGGUGGUGUCGGGACUAAGGGAGUCUUUGGCUCAAGUUCUGGGUCUGGUGGGACUGGAGGUGGUGGAUUUGGUGCGGGAAUUGGUUAUGGAUCGGAUGGUGGCUUUGGACCUGGAAUUGGGUAUGGCUCAGGUUCAGGCAUUGGUGGUGCGGGUGGCGGAUUCGGAGGUUCAGUUGGCAUUGGAGGUGGUGGUGGAGUAAGUGGGUCAGGUGGUAUUGUGGGCAGCGGUGGCGGUGGAUUAGGCGGUUCAGGUGGCAUUGGCGGUGGAGUAGGUGGGCCAGGUGGUAUCGUGGGCAGUGGUGGCGGCGGACUAGGCAAUUCUGGUGGUAUUGUGGGUGACAGUGGCGGUGGAGUGAGUGGGUCGGGAGGCAUGGGUGGUGGCUACAGUGGUUCGGGAGGCUCGGGUGGUGGUUAUAGUGGUUCGGGAGGCAUGGGUGAUGGAGCUGGUGGUGGUUAUGGAGGCAACACGAACAGCCCUUGA